UUUUCGAUCAUGCCAUUUUUGAAGAUUUUGCAGUUUGAACGUGCUCAAAAUUAGAAAUUGAUUUAUAAAAAAUACCCUUCUCCUUCUAUAUACACUGCUGUUUAUACAAACCAUAAAUUAUUAUUACUUUUUGAAAUUUCUUUUGAUUUAAAUCUUUUUUUUUUACAACCAACGUUUCGAGAACGUUUGAUGCUUGUAAAAUGAGGUUAAGGUGUAGACAAAAUUAUGUAAAGAAAAUUUAAAAGUAGGAAAAAACAAGCCAUGACAUUUAAAAUUCUAUUUUUUAUAAGAUUAGUUUGUCUUUUUCAUUUACACAAGAAUACUGGAGGGAUAGUUGUUAUAGCAACGUCUACAAAAUCUGUUUAAAAAAAUUUAAUUUAAAAUACUUUGUAUAUAAGUAUAUUUUUUUUUAAGAUUUCUUCCAGUUAAAGGCUUCCUCUUAAAGUGAAUUUAAAGCGUGAAUUUAAUAUGGAAACUAAAAUGAACAAAAAUAUUAAUGAUAUUUCCAAAAAUAAUGAUAAUGGUUCAGGAAUUUCAAUGAAUUCAGGAUCUUCAGAUUCAAGCGCUUUUGAUUUUUCAAAAAUGUGUGAAAAUUAUACUUGUAAAUUGAAAAAUCUCAAAAAUUUUUAUAAGAAUAACGCAGAAAAAUGUUUUAAAAAAAUUAUAUUAGAACAAAAUGAGAAAGUUGAAAAUGCACAGGAUAAACAAAUGGAGGAAUUAUCUGAAGCAUACGAUCUUGUUCAAGCUGGCAUGAAUUGUAUUGCAAGCGUUAGUAACGCUUCAGAUGAAUUACAACAAGACUAUAAUACAAUUAUGGAGAGGUUUGAAAGUUCAAUUAAUUCGUAUCAAGAAAAAAUGAAAGAAUCAUUCGAAGAUAUAAGAAAAAUUUUACAAUAAAAUUGUUCAAAUAUUUCGGUAUUCUUUCGAAUAUUAGGAAAAAAAUUUUGUAAUUCUAUAAAAAAAAAAUUCAAUAAAAUAAAUUAAAAAC